UAUACAGAUCUCAUUCUUUACAUUAAAUCAAUUGAAACUUUUAGCAUUUAGAAAGCUAAUGAGGGAUUUCAUGAUAUCGCUGGGAAUUUGACUCUAAAUUACUGCUUUCCUUUACCUUUCUUUUCAUAUAUAGAUAGAUAAACCAGAGCAAAUAAACCAAAAUUUAAUUUAAGAAGAAUUCCUGGCAAACAUUAUGUCAAUCUAAAGUUUAUGUUUUAAACAUGAAAGUACCAUUUUGAAAACAGUGCCUUUCAUUAAGGAUACAGAAAGACUUAAAUACACCACCUGCUUUUUCAACAAGUGACUAACACACACAAUCAUUCUUCUGACCCACUCUUUCUGCUUCCUCCCAAGCCCCCUCUUCUGCCAUUUUACCUUCCUUAAUGUUGGUAAAUUCUGAUAUCCCCAUUAGCUGUAGGUUCAUAUUGAUCUCACUGACAAGUUUUACUAUUGCGGGUUGCUGACCCAUUUUCUGUCUUAGACAUUAUAUUUCAUGUCUGCCGUCAAGCUGUGCUCAUCUGAAAGGUUCAGGCAACUUUUGAUGGACCAACUCUUGUUUAAACUACUUCUGAUAAAUCCAUAAUAUUAACAGUUUUUUGUGACUAGUAAAAGUAAUGCCAAAUUCUGGACUGCAUGAGUGUAUUUUCCCCCACCUUUUACCUAAAACACAAUUAAAUGAAAUUAUAGAUACUCAUUUUGGCUUCCAGCUUUAAAUCAUUAUCUAUAAAAAUACACUCUUGAGAAACUGACUGCUGAAAUGUAUCUUAAUGAACAUGACAGGCAGGCAGAAAAGACAAUGGGAAGAUGUGAAUGCCACAAACUCAGUUUCCAGGGGCUUAAUUCAACCCUGCAGGCACGGAAGGCUGGAAAUUUCACCCCCUGUCUAGUAGCUGCACCUGGGGCUAGGAGGUGAGUGGAUUCACCCUUCUCCCAAGGAAGGGUAGUUUUUCUUGCACCUCUGCCCUUCCUUGGAAGUCUUGUUAGAGAGGGCAACUUUAAAACAUGGUCAGAGCUCUGUCAGGGGAAGUUCCUUGGAAAAUACACUCAGCAGCCCUUCUCCAGUGUGUUCAGGCUACAUCUUCUCCCUUGACAAAAUUUAGGGCUGAGCUGGCGAUUUCUAGGCUCCUCAGGUUAAAUAGGGUUGUGCAUGCCUUGUGUGGCUCUGAUCCCCUGUAGGUAGACUUCCAGUCAUGAAUGUCCCAGCAAGAAUGAAGCAAUCCCCAGAGCUUGAGCUCUCAGGAACUUGGAUAUGUCACAAAGGUUAAGAUCAUUUUUGGGCGGGGGAGACAACCAACUUCCUUGGGCUGCAAUAUUUGCUAGUUUUUGAAAGAUCUUUUGCAGGAAGCUGUUUGCUGUCUGUUGCAAUUGGUCAUAGCUGGGGGUGGGUGGUGAUGGAGCUACAGAAGUGCAUAAGAAAAUAGCAGCCAGACAUACAAUGUAAAGUACUGGGGCUUUCUUGGAUUUUAGGGAAUUUGAGGUAAGAUAAUUAAUGAAUGACAGCUAUGUCAGCCUAUCGGCAUAGAAGCUUUGCCCAUCAGUCUGCUUGUAGUAGUGAUAACUGAGAAGACCAUUUUACAUCAGUUUAUGCACUUUUCUGCCGCUGCGGUAACAAUUCUAAUAGCAACAACAACAAAAUAAAGUGGAGGAAUAUUUCUGCUAGCUGAAAGAUCAAUAUCAAUUCAAGGGUUUUUUUAUAAUGACCUUAUGUGAGAGACAAAUGGAAAUACUCUACACUUCUGGCAUUGCUCUCUCCAAAAUAUUUAGAACAUUAGUGACAAUAUUGAAAAGUUUGCUGACUGAGCUGAUCAAUGGAAUGUGAAGGCAGUUUACUUUAAGGCUAUUUACUUUCACACAGAAUAUUUAUCUAUUAGUUUGUAUUCCACUCAACUGCAGAUAGAGGGGGCAACAUGUUUUCUUGCGUGUUUCAAACCCAUGAAGGAGAAAAUAAACCAUUCCACUAAACUAUAUAGGCCAAACAGCGUCUGGGCAAGCUAUGUCAGCUGCCCAGAGGCUACACUCUGUAAAAUAGUACACGGUCAUUUUACAUGGGUUUGCAUAGUACUUUGCUAUGCAGUUUUCAAAAGAAAAUAAUGUAGUGUAAAACUCCAAAUCAUUCCAAUAGCUGUUUUGUGAACUUCAAUAUAUUUACAUGUCAAAAGCAAACUUUGGAAUCCAUACAGGGUUUCCACUGUCUGAAAAUACAUACAGCUUUAGGUAUAAGUCCAUGUGUUUCCUCUUAACCAGCGUAUCAUCAGCUAGAGCAGUGGUCUCCAAACUUUUUUGAUCACGCACCCCUAUCAGUAAAAAUAUUUUGAGCACGCACCCUCUGCCGUGCCGGCUCUACCAUUUUUGGAGAA